GCUUCUCUUCUCAUUGUUUCGUUGAAACCUCUCUAAAAUCUCUCUACUCCUCAGUCCUCUCCACCACAACCACCACUCUCCCCAAACCCAUCAUCAAAUCACAGCCGUCCAAUACAAAGAAUGGCUCAUCCGCAGCCGUACGAUCCCUACUACCUCCUCCAACAACCACCGCAGCCACCACCGCAAGAAUACAACAACAGCAACAACAAGGACCGGAGUGGAAUCAACACGCUCUUCGUCUCCGGACUCCCCGACGAUAUCAAGGCGCGUGAGAUUCACAACCUCUUCCGCCGCCGCCCCGGUUUCGACUCUUGCCAGCUCAAGUACACCGGCCGUGGCAACCAGGUUGUGGCAUUUGCUACCUUUUUCAAUCAUCAAUCAGCAAUAGCGGCAAUGCACUCUUUAAAUGGUGUAAAAUUUGAUCCUCAAACUGGAUCCAUUCUACAUAUUGAACUGGCCAGAUCAAACUCCAGGAGAAAACGUAAACCAGGUAGUGGAGCCUAUGUUGUCAUAGAUAAAAGAACUAAAGCAGACACUAAUGUCCAAGAAACAUCAAGUGACGAAGGAGACAGUGAAUCUGAUGAACCUGAUUCGGAAGCCGACAAUCCUGAUUCUGGCAAGAAUGAUGAUUUAGCAGCCUCAAAAAGUGGUGAGACGGCAGUUGGUCCUGACAAUGCUCCAGCUUCCACAAGCGAGCAUCCAGAAAAGACUGGUGAUGGAGGUCAAUGUUCGACUCUAUUUAUUGCAAAUCUAGGUCCAAAUUGCACUGAAGAUGAACUGAAGCAAGUUUUUGCUGAGCGUCCUGGAUUCAAUAUGCUCAAAAUGCGUGCAAGAGGUGGAAUGCCAGUUGCAUUUGCUGACUUUGAGGAAAUCGAGCAAGCAAAUAAGACCAUGGAGGAACUUCAGGGCAGCCUGCUACCAUCGUCAGAUCGGGGUGGCAUGCAUAUAGAGUAUGCAAGGUCAAAAAUGAGGAAGUCUUAGAAGAAGAGGGGCACAAGUUGACACCCUGCAAACAGUUUUCUAUCGAAAUUUAAUUGACCAUACUUAUUAAUUGCUCCUCUUACCCUUAAGUUUAAAUUAUGAGUUUUUGAAACUCAAAUGUGUAAAAAAAAUUUCAGCUUUAGGAAUUAUUACAAGAUAGUGGUUAAGUUUGAA